AGUGAUGGCCCUAGGCACUGCUGCGUGGGGGGCUGAGAGGUGGAUGGGAGGUUGGAGUAAAUUGGUGAAACUGAGGACGUGGCGGCUCGUGGCACUUGGCAGUCGGUCGCUCGCAUGGUCUAGUCGGGUGACUUAGAAAGCAUUCAUUCUCAUGCGCGCGUCCCUCUCUCUCCUGUCUUACCUCAUCUUUCUCCUCUCAGUCCCCCUCGCAUGGCUGCCAAGUGCUGUGGGUUCGCUAGUGCUUCACACUCCUUCCUCCUUGAAUCCCUGAAGCCAUUCCCAGUGCAGUAGUGCCGUGGGUCUUAGCCUCCGUCUUUUUUUUUUCUUCAUUUGCUGUUUUCCUGUUUUUGCUUGUGCCUUAUCAACUGCUGUGGGUAACUCCUGUAUUGGACACUCACAGUUGCUUUGAAUCGGUGCGUCUCUUAUUCUCUGCAGAAAAAAAAAACAGCGGCAGCGGCACUUCAGCAGCUGCAGAAGCGGCACUUCAGCUGCAGAGACGGCACUUGCAGAGACGGCACUUGCAGAGACGGCACGGCACUUCAGCUGUAGAGCAGAACUCAGCAGAACUCAGCAGACCACAGGAUGACGCACGGCAGAGGCGGCCAUAGUGAUGUGACUGCCUCGUGAGUGCCCUGCUGACCACUGCUGCUGCGGCUGCGGUGGUGUUGGCAUUGGCGGGGGUGAUCGUGCUGUCACUGCUGGCGGGAGUGGUGUCGCCACUGCUGCAGCCGCUCCAACUACUUGCCCACCCAACCAUCCGCAGCUAAGUGCUCUUACCCUUCUCCGUUUCGCGUUUUGAUUUUGUUAUUGCUGUUAUUGGUGGCCCUAGGCACUGCUGCGUGUGUGGCUGAGAGGUGGAUGGGAGGUUGGAGUAAUUUGGUAAGUGAGGGCGUGGCGGCUCAAGGCGCUUGGCAGUCGCUCGCGUUCCAUUCAUGGUCAGUUUUGCGGGGUGGUUUAAUUUUGCAGCCUCAUGCGCGCGUUCCAUUCAUUCGUUCGUUCGUUCGUUCAUCCUCAUGCGCGCGUUCCAUUCAUUCGUUCGUUCGUUCGUUCAUCCUCAUGUCCCUCUCUCUCCUCUUCAGCCUCCUCUUUCUCCUCUCAGUCCCCCUCGCAUGGCUGUCAAGUGCCGUGGGUUCGCUAGUGCCUCACACUCCUCCCUUGAAGCCUCGAAAGCUUCUCCACUGCUGUGGUGCCGUGGGCCGCUUUUCUGGUUUUCCUGCAAACUUAGUUUUUCGUGCGGCUUGUAGUCUUUUGUGAGUAAUGCCUCUUUUGGACACUUACAUUUGCUUUUGAGUUCGUGCAGGAAUUUGUUUCAGCGGCAGCACCACUCCAGCUGCAGCAACGACGCCUGUGCUGCAGCAACGGCACUUCAGCACCUGCAGGAAUCGCACCCCUCGGUACUGCAGCAACGGCACCUCGGCACUUCAGCUCGGCAGCAGCAGCAGCACUUGAGCGUGGCUGCAGCAGACGUGAGCGUGUGGGAUGACGCGCGUGGAACCCAUUUCAGCGGCAGCACCUCCCCAGCUGCAGCGACGGCGCCUCUGCAACGGCGCCUCUGCUGCAGCAACUCGGCGUGCAGGAGGACUGCCUCCCUCCUGCAUGCCCUGCUGACCACUGCACCUCGGUACUGCAGAAACGGCACCUCGGCUGCAGCAUCACUUCAGUGUGGCUACAGCAGCAGCAGCAGCAGACGUGAGCGUGUGGGAUGACGCACGGCACAGGGGGUCACAGUGCUGUGACCGCCUGUGAGUGCCCUGCUGACCACUGCUAACUCUGCUGUUGGUGGUGGCUGCAGCGCUCGGGGGAGCUCCUGUUGGUGGGAGUUUUGCUGGAGCCCUGCUGACCACUGCACCGGCCCCUGUUGGUGGGAGGGUGUGCUGCUGCUGCUGCUGCUGCUGCUGCUGCUGGAGCCCUGCUGACCACUGCACCUGCCCCUGCUGACCACUGCACCGGCCCCUGCUGACCACUGCACCGGUCUCUGUUGCUGGCGGCUGUGGCGCUCGAGGGGGCAGCGCUGCUUGAGGGGAGUGGAGGUGCUCUGGCUGGCGGCUGGUGUGGAGGCGGCUGUGGCGCUGGAGAGGCGUGGAGGUGCAGAGCUUGUGGGAACAGCGGAGGGACCAGCGGUGGGAGCAGCGGAGGGAGCAGCGGAGGGAGCAGCGGUGGGAGCAGCGGUGGGAGCAGCGACACUCGAGGGAGUUAUUGCUGACAUGGACGGACGCUGGCUGGCUGCCUCUGCACUACACACGGCUAAGAACCCUCUUACCCUUCCCUAUUCCAAUUUACGUUACUUUCCGCUGUCUUUGUAUGUCCGUAACCUGUUUCUUUGAUCGCGCGGAAAUUUGAGGGAGGGUGCAAAAUUUGAACCUGUUUCAAACAGAAGGGAGGGUGCAAAAUUUGAACGAGGGAUCAUUGGCGCGUGGCGAUGGUAGCACAUGGCACUGGGGCGGCUGGGCUCAUACAGAGUCGCAGGGGGAUAGAACGCAUUCAUUCUCAUGCUCGCGUCCCUCUCUUACCUAGUCCCCCUCGCGUGCUAGCUCCAUGCCAUGGUGCUGUGGGCUACCAUCGCCCUUGUGCUUUUCGCAGUGUGUUACCACUUUGCUUUUCGUUAUCAAUUUCGCCUCUUGUGAUCAUGCUUGCCUUGCUGCUUUUCGCUAUCACUUUCGCCUCUUGAUGCAUGUUUCGCAUGUUUCAUUUUCAUUUCUCAUCGCAUGCCCUGGCCUAACUUCCUGCAUCCCCUUCCCCGAGUGCGUUUUCUCCCCAAGCCCCAGACCCUUGUCCCUGGCCAGAGGGAGGGAGGGCAGCAGAUGCAGAGGCCCCAACCAGCAGCACCGUGCGCAACAUCAGCAGCAGCAGCAGCAGCACCAUCCGCAACAUCAGCAGCGCCAGCAGCAGCAACAGCAGUUCCCGUUUCUCGUGGCACGUUUCUCCUCCCCUCAAACUGGAACCCAAUGCAGACGGGAAGACGCCAAGGCUCUGAGCCUGGAGGCGCCUCCUUUUCCCAUGGCAGCAGUGUGCGUCGGUGCUAAGGCAGGGCUGGAGGAGAGCACUGCUGCACUGGCAGAAGGCGGCAGCAGCAGUGGCGGGAGCUGCAGCAAGGGGAGGGGGCAGCUCUGGCGGGCGUUGCUGCACUGGCAGAAGGAGACGCCUCCAUUUCCCACGGCAGCAGUGUGCCGGUGCUAAGGGGAGCGCGGCGCUGCAGGCGGGAGUGUGGAGCAGAGGGGAGCGCAAGGCAUCCUCCCUCCACCCAUCCUCCACCCACCACCCACCACCCACCAUCCACCAUCCACCAUCCACCAUCCUCCAUCCUCCAUCCUCCAUCCACCAUCCACCAACCUCCCUCCAUCAUCCUCCCUCCACCACCCACCAUCCACCAUCCACCAUCCACCAACCUCCCUCCAUCAUCUUCCCUCCACCAUCCUCCAUCCACCAACCUCCAUCCACCAUCCUCCCUCCAUCAUCCUCCCUCCACCACCCUCCAUCCACCAACCUCCAUCCACCAUCCUCCAUCCACCAUCCUCCAUCCUCCAUCCUCCCUCCACCAUCCACCAUCCUCCAUCCUCCAUCCUCCCUCCACCAUCCACCAUCCACCAUCCACCAUCCACCAUCCACCAUCCACCAUCCACCAUCCUCCAUCCUCCAUCCUCCAUCCUCCGUCCACCAUCCCGCAGCAGUGGCGGUAACUGCAGCAAUGAGGGGGCAGCAGUGGUGGGCGGUGUUGCACUGGCAAGAGGCGCCUCCUUUUCCCGUGGCAGCAGUGUGUGCCGUUGCUAAAGGGAGCGCAUCUCGGCAGGAGGGAGGGGGGAGCAGAGGAGCAGAGGAGCAGAGGAGGAGAGGGCAGAGGAGAGCGAAGGCCUGUGGAGGAGGAGGCAGCUGCGACCCAUCCUCCCUCCACCAUCCUCCCUCCACCAUCCUCCCUCCACCAUCCUCCCUCCACCAUCCUCCCUCCACCAUCCUCCCUCCACCAUCCACCAUCCUCCCUCCACCAUCCACCAUUCUCCCUCCACCAUCCACCGUCCACCGCCCACCACCAUCGUGCAGCAGAGAGGAGGGGAUCGGGGGAGCGUAGAAGAGCGGCGUUGCAGGGGGUUUACCCAUGAGCCGAUGGGGUGGUGGAGGGCGGAGCUGGGACGAGGGGGGGUGAUGAGCGCACGCCCAACAAGGCUCCCAGAGUUUUCCGAGCAUGCUGGGUGGACGGUAGAGGGUUCCCCCAUGAGCCAAUGGGGUGGUGGAGCGCGGAGCUGAAGGGGCGUUGACCCGCGAGGAGGAGUGAUGGAGGGUUGAGAGACUGGGGCGGCGGGCCAAGGGGAGGCAGCUGCGGCAGAGAGGAGGGAUGCUGAAGCAGAGACGGCAGGUGCAGCAGAGACGGCAGGUGCAGCAGAGACGGCAGGUGCAGCAGAGACGGCAGGUGCAGCAGAAGGUGACUCUAAAGGAGAGAGUGCAGAGGGGGUGAGCUGAAGCAGAGGAUGCAGCUGUAGCAGAGGAUGCAGCUGUCUCAAAGGACGCAGAGGGGGGAGGCUGAAGCAGAGAAGGAAGCUGAAGAAGAGGGGGAAACCUCGAGCAGAGGGGAGCAGAGGGGGGAUGUUGAAGGAGAGAGGGGAGCUGAAGUAUAGAAGGAAGCUGGAGCACCAGGUGUGGCUGAAGCAGAGGGGGGAAGCUGAAGCUGAGAAUCCAGCAGGGGAGCGGGGGGGCGAAAGGUGGUGGCGAGGUGGUAUAUGUCUUAUCCUAGCCAUGAUGAUGGCACAAUGUAUAUCCUAGCCAUUAUCAUGGCAAACUAUAUAUUCUUGCCAUUUUCAUGGAAACGAUAUAUCCUAGCCAUUAUUAUGGCAACCUAGCCAUUAUUAUGGCAUGUCCCAACCAUUGCUGUGGAGUCUAAAUCUCCCAAAACCAGUGGCGUGGGAAACUUCCUCUUCCCUCCUUCCUGUUUUUCAACCACAUGUCCCAACCACUGCUUGGGGGACCAAUCCCCCGAGUAGUGGCUUGGGGAACUACCUCUUUCCUAGCCCUUUGGGGCAGCUAUACAUCCUAACCACUACAACGGGCGCAAUCUCCCGAGCAAUGGCUUCGGAAACCUCUUUCCUAGCCCUUUUGGCAACUAUAUAUCCUAACCACUACCAGGGGGGCCAAUCCCCCGAGUAGUGGCUGGGGAACUUCUUGCUUCUUACUUGAUUUGGGUUACUGGUAUAUAUUAUCCCAGCCAUUGGUUGGGAAACCGGAUUUCCCGGCCAAUGGUCUGGUUACCACUAUGGGUAAACUAACGGGGAAACUAUUAUGUACAUCUCUUUGCCGUGGGCACCAUCUGUCGCAGAGCCACUCACCCGGGAAACUGAAUCCCCUGGCCAGUGCUCUCGAACAUGGUUCCAGUUUAUUGAUGUGGGGAAUCCGGUCCCUUGCCCCUUAUGGGCCAUGCUUUUCCCGGGCGGUCCCCCACCUCACAGUGGUGUCCGGGUGUAACGCUAGGGGCAGCGCUAGCGCCCCUGACGGCCAAGAGGGGUCCAAGUUUAUAUUGAACAGUGGUAGUACACAAUAAUACCACCGGUAUGCAUGGAUGUGCUGCAUAGCACAAUGCAUACCAUGCAUAGCAUGAUAGCCGUGGGGAUUUAAAUUCCUGGUUUCUGAUUUUAUUGCUUGAAAAAAUAAUCGGAAUUGCAUUGCAUAGGAGCAAGCUAUGUCAAUGUAGAAAGGGCAGUUAGCAUGGUAGAUUUUUGUGGCUGGUAAAGUAUUCAUCCGUGCUGUGAAAUGUAGCAGUAGUAGAAUGAUGACCCUAGCUUCUGGUCUGGUAGCUACAACAGUUAUGUAAGAAGAAGACUGGGAUCUUGGUGUAUGUGCCAGGAAGCCAUGGCAUGUCUGUGUGCAAAUGUCUGUAUUUAAAUGUAGUAAU